AUGGCAGAGUGCUCCAUCUCUGGCUCCUCCAAGCUCCUGCCACUAAAGAGGCCAAACGAGGAGAAAAUGCUGUCAAAACAGGCAAAAAUCAAUCCUGCCCCAGUGGCUAAGUGGGGAGUCAGCCCAGGGGCAGCCCCAGAGGGGGAAGCUGGGCUGGAGGCUCCCAAGAAAGGAGAGGCCAGCCAAGAAGCCUCAAAGAGUGGAGAACCCAGGCAGGAAGCCCCCAAGAAGGGAGAGGUCAGCCCAGAGUUCCCCAAGAAGGGAGAAGCCAGGCAGGAGAUGCCCCAGGAGGGAGGGGCCAGCCAAGAGACCCCCAAGAAGCCAGUCUUCCCCUCUGGCAAAGUUCCUUUUGGGCCUCAGCACUGGCAGCUGGUGACAUUGAUUCUGGGGGUCUGUAGCGUGGUCUUGCUCAUCGUACUGCUGGGCUUGAUUGGCAAGUAUUUGCAUGUUUCAGAAACAACAAGGAGAAAGAUGGCUCCGCUCCAAAGACAGACCCAGAAGCUCAAGGAUUCAGUGAAGAAACAGGCAGGAGGCAAAGGCAGCAGAUGUGACUCGUGUCUGGACACCUGGGUGCAGCGUGGUGAUGCCUGCUACCUCUUCUCCAAUAUGAGUGCAAAGUGGCCAGAGUGUGUAGAGCAUUGUAAGAAGCAGGGCACCAAACUCGUUAAGAUGGACUCUCAAGGAGAACUGGCGUUCCUCAAACGGGAGACGCGUAAAUUGUACCGUGUCGAGUUCAGGUACCUCCGGCACUACAGUUACUGGAUUGGCCUGACCUACAAAGCCAGCCUCAAGAAGUGGGUCUGGCUGGAUGGGUCACCCUUCACGUUGGAUCUGUCUUCUGUGGGAGCCCAAGCUGCUUACGAUGCAAAUGACGCCUGUGUGUUUUUUAUACAAGGAAUGUCCCAUGCUAAGGGCUGUGCCACAAAACACUAUUGUCUCUGCAAGAAGACCAAGUGA